UAUAAAAUGGAUAUUAUGACGGGUAAAACUGAACCUUUUAGGAGGAUCUUUAUACGGCUUUUUAGGUUUGGAAAAAGAAGUAAGUAUACAUUUUUCUUGAAAUUACGGCUUUCCGAUAGAAAUUAAGAAUUUCGUCGCGGCACUGCACUUGUUAAAAAAACUAACAGCAAAAUAAUCUACCACCAUAAACAUGUUGAAGAGAUUUGAGAAAAAGUCUAAUCUUGGAAAAAUGGUAGCUGGCAGUGACUUAAACAUGCUGGCGCGUUUUAGAAGAGAAACUGAUCUGGAGAGGCUUGCCCGUGAAUGCAAGAAAUUAGAAGAAGGCAUGAAUUGGUCAGAUUCUAUAACGGGAUUUUUCGGUGUUGCGGCAGGGGUAGCGGGCAUUCUAGCGAUGCCCGGGUUGGGAAUGGUGCUGUCAGGAGUCAUGUUUGGAUCGGCAGUAGGUAAAGGAGUUCUAGGUUCCGCUUCCAUUGAAAGAGACUGCGGUGAUGUAUCAUUUAAAGAGUUGGAACUGAGACUAAACAAAACUUUAAACGGGAUAAUCCAGAAGUUAGAUCAGCAAACUGAAAUACUUAAAGAUGCUCAUGAUAUUGUCAGUAAAACUUUAACUGAAAUUGAAAAGAUAAGGGUUUCGAUGGAUCAGGGCUUCGAACGGAUUCUAGACUCCAUCGAACGUCAAGACAUAAAUAAAUUAGUUACGGACAUAAAAUUAGCUUAUAAUUCAUUGCUAAUUAGUGAAAAUAAUCGGAAAAUCGUACCAAAUGACGAAUAUUUCAAUUUUAUUGAGCAAGAGAUUAGCGAUAAGCUUCUUUAUAACUACAUUAAUUCUAAGGGCACAUUGUUCAAAGCUAUAUUUUCAAUCAUCAAUAACAGUUACGCAAUUCCAAAGGACAUUAACCAUCAAAAUGCUUACAAUGCUCUGACUGCUCUGAGUUUUGGCACUCUUACAUUUACGAAUAUUUUAUUCACCCUUUUAGAUCAGUUUACUUACAUUUCGGAAUAUUAUUAUCAAGAAAAAGAUUUUUUAAAGUUUAACCAAUGUAUGACACUCCUUAUAGUUCAUUUUACAAUGUUUAAGCAGUUCUUACUAAAGUCAAAGGGUGGUUUACUUAAUAAAGUUAUACAGAUUUCGGAGGAAGUUCAGCAAAAACACAACAUUAAAGAAGUUAAAAAGGAUUUGUACAAUGAUAUUGUAAGUAAAACAAAUAGCUUGAAAGUUGUAAAGCAAAAUAUUGAAAAGAUGAGUUUGAAAAUAAUCGAAGCCGAGCCGCCGAAAGAAAUUGAUGUUCGUUUUGAUACAUAUUCCGGAAAUAAAUUGAGCAAAACGGACUUUUUAGAUUGGAAGAGAGGAACAAAAGUUAGCUACGCAACACAAUACGAAAAAGAUGGCAAAUAUUCCAGAAUAAGCAGAUGGACAGACGAGGAUGUGUUUGAUAUUGCCAACCCAGAGAUAGUAAUUAAAAAUAAGAGUGACAAAAACAGGCUCGUUUUUAGAAUGUUUGCCUGCCACAAACCAGAGUUGAUUCGUAUUAUUUCUGGUUCUCAAAAUAAGUUUAGAGACAUUGACAGAGAUUUAUAUGAUUUAGCGUUUAAGAAAUCAUACAACGAUAAGAAUAUAAUGCAGAAUAUGAAUAAACUUUUAAAUCUGGGUGCUAACGUUUCCACUGUUUUUGAACGCGAAAGAGGUGUGAUUCACGCAGCAGCUGCAUCAGGAAGGGUUACUAUGCUGAAACAAAUUUUGGAAGUCGACCGUAAAGUCAUUGACCAGAAAGAUUCGAAAGGUUACACUCCUUUGCACAUAGCUAUUGAAAACAACAGAUCAGAUUUCGUGAAGGAGCUUGUAAAACAGGGCGCGGACGUCAACGCCAAAACGAACGAGGAUAAUGUAACACCCUUGCAUUUGGCAGUUCGUUUUCAGUCCGAAAAAAGCGUAGAACAUUUGUUGUCUAGUAAGAAAAUCAAACCUAACGAGGUAGAAAAAUCUGGGAAAACACCUUUGCAUGUCGCUGUUUCAGAUAAAUCAUUGAGCCCGAAAAUAGCGCAUUUAUUAAUAAAAAAUAAUAAGGUUGAUGUGAACGUUAAAGAUUCUUUAGGACUAACGGCUUUGCAUAUAGCUGUCUCUUUAAAUUCUGAGAUAUAUUCUCGCUACUUGAUGGAGAGUAGUAGAAUCAAUUUAUACGCGAAAGAUAAAAACGGCAUGGCUGCGAUUCACUUUGCAGCAAUGUAUGGAUAUGAAGAUAUAGUUCGCAGAUUAAUUGCUUAUGGUAUGGAUAAUUUAAAUUCUCCUGCCACUGACAAAAAAUGGACUCCUCUUCAUUUCGCUGUCUACUUUAAGCAUGGAAGGUUAGUAGAUAAUUUGUUGGUUUGGACUCAAACAAAGGGAAAGAUUUCGGUGGAUGAGCCAGAUGCACAACAGCAGACGCCAUUGCAUUUAGCAGCUCAGAGUGGUGUUGAUAGAUCAGUUGAUUAUCUGAUUGCAGCGGGAGCUAAAACUUAUAAGAAGACUGCUGAAGGUUAUACACCUCUUGCCAUUGCGAUCAUUAACAAAAAAGAAGACAUUGUUCGGGACAUAGUAUCAUGGGAGGGAACAGAGGCUCAAAAAUUGCCAAAUAGCACAAGUAUCCAAGAGGUUGAUUUAACAGCUUGCGAAUUAGCAGAAGAGCAAAACUUUAUGUUUGAUUAUUUGGUAGAAAAAGGUCGUUGUGAUAGAGAAAGAUGGUAUCCAGUUCAGUUCGAGGAAAAUUCUAGCAAAUACUUCGAGGCGAAUCCUGACGGUUUUGAUAAAUACAAUCAUUUUGAUAAAUACACGCAAGGAGAAAAGCUAGAAUUUAAGGAUGAAGAAUAUGGCAAAUUUAUUAGAGAUUUUCCUCUUGAUUAUUACGCAAAUAAUGAAGCUAAAACUUUAAGCAAUUCUUUCAAAUUGGAUGAAGAUAAGAAAAUGAAAGAUUUCAAAACCUUUGAUCAUGUAGAUGUUAGUGGUGCUCUGCUGUUGUUGGAUUUGCUCGUUCGCAAAUUAACAAAUGAAAAGUAUGUUUCUAAUUGGAGAUACGGAAACUCUCCGUUCGAAGCAAGAGUUCAGGCUUUGGAAAUAACUGAGAAGCUGGAUAAAGUUUUAAAUGAAAUAAGUUCUGUGAAGCGUAAGGAAAGUUUAAAUUCAUUCGAUCUUUACACUAAUGUACGCAAAGCCAUACAGAGCGGUAAUGAAAAGAAAUUUCUAGAUACAUUGUGUUCUUACAUAAACGAGUUCUCAUCUUUAAAACCUGAAGGAGUUGGAGAAGUUUUAGAAGUUAUUUUAUCAAACGAUCCCAAAAUGAUUAUUUCCAAUAGGAAGAUUGAUCAAAAGCUUCAAAGCUUAAUUACGCACUCCUGCUUUCAAAAGAAGUUUUGAAUAUGUUAGACAUAUGUCAAACAGGUCUUUCUUAUCUUAUAAGUAAUUAAGUUAAAAUUAAAAAUUACUUCGUGUGCCUGUUUACAAUUUCCUAAUUUCUUGGGUGUUGGUACUUAACUUUAAAAAUAUUUAAAUUUGGAAAUAUCUAUUGGUUCCUUAUUCACUUUUCGUUUGCGAGUAGCACCAGAUUAGGCAACGCUAUGCAAAGUUAUAAAGAUAAUUAACGAAUUAUAUAUUUUAUAUUUGAUAGAGAAAGAGACUACCUUAAGCUGAACGUAUUUUCCAGAAUUUGUAAAAAGAAAAAGAAAACUUUAUCGCUUAACUAUUGAUUUCUUAAUACUUUUAUGAACUUGAAGAAAAAUAAACCUUGCCUCCCAAUUCCACGGAUAAUCGAGACUUUACUGUAUUUUACUGUACGAAAGAAUUUUCAGACAAAGUACUCUAGAGUUUUGAUUCAUGGCCAAAUGAAACGAUAUAAACAUCGUUAUCAAUUUAAUGAAAAAUUUCUAAAGUGAAUAUUUUAAACUGAUGAAUUAAUAAAUAAAAUCAUUUCUCAAAUA